AGAAAAGCGGGACGAGAUGAGGGAGGAGGAAAGAGGCGAGACGAGAGGUGGAAUCCUAAUCUUGACCUUAGACGGGUCAUUCGAUGGGUACGGACUCUCAUCGUCCGACGGAUGAGUCUAAAAUCCAAGGAUUAGGUGUUCCUCGUCACCGGGUCCGUACUCAUCUACCGACGAAACAAACUCCUGACUUUUACACAUGCGAUUCCCGAGUCUAAGAGACUUUCGAACACAAACAUCCCCCUAAAACCCCCCGGGAGGGAUAUAACUAUUGAGAUUCCGUCAUCAAAAUUUUGAUGCAUCACUUAUCACACUGACCUAAAAGUCGGAUCACAAAGAGUUCGUAGUUUUGUUGACUCUCUUUCCUUCCUUUGGUUCCCCGAAUCCAACAUCCAACCCCUUUUUUUAACUCUUCUUCUAUCUUUUAUGCUCAAGUUUUGUUCUCCUGUAACUGUCAGUGGAUUCCGGGAAACCCCAUUAAUGGGUUUUUGGCGGAGAGCCAGAUUCUAGGGUUGGUUUUUGAGGAAAAAAUUACCCCUAAUUCGGGUUCAAUCUGCUGUGUAUGGUCUGAUAGAUUAGGGAGUAUUGUCUUGUGUUGUAAGAGUGUAGCAAUGUCGGAUGACUUGGUGAUGCAUUUCUCCUCCAACUCUUCCAAUCAGUCGGACCACUCUUUGCCCGACAAAAUCGCCAAGCUCGAAGCUCGCAUGACGGGAAGAAGUUCCUCCUCUUCCAUGCCGGCGAAGCCUUCGCCGCCGCCGCAGCAGCACGUUUGGUCUUCGGCUUCCUCCGCCGUCAAAUUCGCGACGGCGAGCUUGCCGGAUCACUCAGUUAGCGAUUCCGAUGACGAGAGCACGGGCAACUUCCUAAUCCAAGCCAAUACCCAAAAGCGCCAGAAAAUUCAAGAGUCUAAUAACUAUGGUGCUUUCGAUCGUGCUGAGAAAGAGACUGCGGUUGAUGGAAGGCAAAAGAUUGUUGAAGUCAUUGAGACCACCAAUGUAAAUAAGAAGAAACAAGGUCGUGGCCGGGGUUCCACAUCAGGCAGGGGAUGUGGUUCCAAAACUAACAAUGAUCUGACGAAAUAUCAGCCUUCAGCUUCACCUGUAUCAGUUGCAAAUGGUCAGCUGGAUGUUUCUUGUCAGAAGGAUUCUAGGCCAGAUAGGCAGUCAUUGAACGGUGAUCGCACUCCAUUGGAGGAUGAGUUGUCAUCUUUGCAUGGAAAAGUUGUAAUGCUGGAGGAGGAAAUACGUAAAUCUCGACAAGAGGCUUCUGAAUAUCAAAACCUGUCCGGGCAACUGGAGAAAGAGUUAAAAGAUCUUAAAGAUCAACACCAACAAGGGAAACAAAAGACAACUAAAGUAAUCUCUGAUCUACUUAUAUCGGUUUCCAAAGCUGAGAGACAAGAAGCGCGGAUGAAAGUAAGACAGGGUUCUCUGCGGUUAGGCAAUGUUGGUGUACUCAGGGCGGGUACCAUCAUAUCUGAGACAUGGGAAGAUGGUCAAAUGUUGAAAGAUCUGAAUGCUCAUCUUAGGCAACUACUAGAAACUAAGGAGGCCGUUGAGCGGCAAAGAAAGUCACUUAAAAAACGACAAACUGAUAAGGGGGACGGGACUGAUACAGAAUCAGGAGGACAGGAGGAAGAUUAUCUCAUCCAGGAUGAGAUUUACAAGUCUCGUCUGGCUAGUAUUAAGCGUGAAGAAGAAGUGAUUCUGCGUGAGAGAGACAGGUAUGAGCUGGAGAAGGGACGGCUUAUACGGGAAAUGAAACGCAUAAGAGAUGAAGAUGGUUCUCGUUUCAACAACUUUCCAGUUUUGAAUGGCAGAUAUGCACUUCUAAAUCUUCUCGGCAAAGGCGGAUUUAGUGAAGUUUAUAAGCAGGCCUAUGACUUGGUGGAUCAAAGAUAUGUUGCAUGCAAACUUCACGGUCUGAAUGCUCAGUGGAGUGAAGAAAAGAAGCAAAGUUAUAUCCGGCAUGCCAUCAGGGAGUACAAUAUCCAUAAGACUCUUGUGCAUCACCACAUUGUUCGGCUUUGGGAUAUUUUUGAAAUCGACCAGAAUACUUUCUGCACUGUUCUAGAGUAUUGCAGCGGAAAGGAUCUUGAUGCUGUUUUAAAGGCAACACCUGUCCUUCCCGAGAAAGAAGCUAGGAUUAUUAUUGUUCAAAUAGUUCAAGGUCUUGUAUAUCUAAACAAAAGAUCACAGAAGAUAAUCCAUUAUGAUCUGAAGCCUGGAAAUGUUCUAUUCGAUGAGUUUGGAGUGGCAAAAGUGACUGAUUUUGGUCUUAGCAAAAUAAUGGAAGAUGAUGUUGGUUCUCAAGGGAUGGAGCUUACAUCUCAGGGUGCUGGAACAUACUGGUACUUGCCACCAGAAUGCUUCGAGCUAAGCAAGACUCCUAUGAUCUCAUCAAAGGUUGAUGUAUGGUCGGUUGGUGUUCUGUUGUACCAAAUGCUGUUCGGGAAGCGUCCCUUUGGGCACGACCAAAGCCAAGAACGGAUUCUAAGGGAAGACACCAUCAUCAAAGCUAGAAAGGUCGAGUUCCCUACGAGACCUGCCGUCUCAAAUGAAGCAAAGGAGCUGAUUCGGCGGUGUCUAACGUAUAACCAAGCAGAUAGACCAGACGUUCUAACCAUGGCACAGGAUCCUUAUCUUAUAUACACAAAGAAAUGAGAAUGUGCAGAAAGAGAGAGAGGCACAGUGUUCAGAAGGUAUCCAAAAUCCUCGUUCUUUUUGUACAUGUUCUUGUAAUUUUCUCCCCCAAAUCCCCCGGCGGCAGUUCUUUCAACUCCGAUAAUUAAGCAUUUAAUAUUAUAUAUAUAUACACCUUUGAUUGA